AUGGACCAGGAGGCCCAGGAGGCCCAGCUGAUUGUCCAUCUUUCAGAAGCAUUUAAUAAGGACGAGCCUCGGCGGCUGGCCUCGGUGCGGGGAGCGCGGCUGGAGCCGCCCAUCAAGCGCGCCUAUAACAACUCGGCUGUUUGCUUCUAUGAGGACCCGGCGGACAAGAAGCUCAAGCUACACAUCCUGUGGGACGAGCUCAAGUCACAGAAGCUCGCCGACUGCCAGUGGCUGGGAGGGCCCAAUGGCAAGGGCUAUGCUGAGUUGACCAAUGCGUUCGGCGACACAACAUACGGCGACCUGGAGGCGCGGCCCCUACAAUACUACAGCAGCACGGUGGUUCCCUUUCGCCACGUGCUCAGCGCCCAUGCGCAGCUGAGCCUUGACCGGGCACAGCGGGAUGGCAAGAUGGCUGGGAGCUGGACCUUCCAGGACUAUCGCUCCAUAGAUAACGUCCUCACCUGGCUUCAAACUGCAGAGCUGCAGGAGCCGCCCAUCGCAGGCAGCGUGUCGGAGUUGUCGGAGGUCAUGAGCAUGAGCAGACGUGGCAGGAGGCUAGCUGGCAGCGGCAACAUGCAGCCGCCAGCAGCGACUGCUGCGCACAGAGCUGUACGACUAGGCUGUGGCGGCGGCCGUGGGCGGCACGCACUUACUCGACUCACGACGGGGCCAUCCCCAUCCGUGGAAGCUGGGUCGCUGAUGCAAGCAAGCAAGGACACAGCGCAUAUUGCACACGGCGGUAACAGGAAGGGCAAGCGCGAGCAGCGCGUGCCCACCAGCGACUAUCAUGCACUCCAGCGAGUCCCGCCCGCGCUGCAGCCCAACUCUCAAGCGUGUGGAACCGUGUGCGCCCAUAGCCAGCUUAUGGAAACCGGACGCAGCUUCCCAGACGCGUGCGCGCUGAACUGCCAGCUCCCACUCGCGCGCCUGCCGACUAUCACCAACUGCCCGUGUGCACCACUACAGUCCGGUAGCUUCCGAGCUGGGCCGCCGUACAACUACCUGCUCACACUCGCGCAGCUGCCGACUGCCACGCUACCGCCUGUACGGCGUUCCGGCACCAUGCGGGCCAGCUGUGUCGCUAGGCGGACCGUCAGGCGUGGUUCUCAGUGUUGGGCGGUUGGAGGCUCCGGUGCUUGGGCAGUAGCCGUGUUGGGCGGCGGCGCGUCCACUGUGGCGGCUGAGGAGGCUGUCGCGGCUGCCGCCGCUGAAGGGGCCGCUGCUACUGCCUGGGAGGUCAUCGACGAGGUGGCAGCUGACGCAGUUGUAGGGCCCAUCAGGACCGACAUCAAGGUGCAGCGUGGGGCGGCGGCAGCGGCGGGAGCAGCUGUAGCAGCAAUAGCGGCGGUGCAUUCCGGGGCGGCGGCGGCAGCCGAAGCCAGCUGCGGUUCUGGCAGCGCUAGACGGGAAGAUCUCAUUGAUGCGGGUCUGGCGCCUGGCGUGGUGACCAACGGUGUUGCCCUAAUCACGUACCACUCCCAACUCAACCUGAGCCCCAUGGUGUCCAAGGACGUGCUGGAAGUCGCCUGGGAGCAGCUAAAGGCCCAGGCCGCGAGCUGGGAUCCGCCACUGCCAAGCGACCUGCUCUGGCAGUCACCACAGCAGAUCGCCAUGCUUGCGUACUUGUGCCAGGAGUGGAGGGGGCGGUUAGGGACGGCUAUCACAGCUGCGGAGCUGGUCAAGCAAACCCUGAGAGGAAAGCUCAUUCCCGAGGUGCUGGCGGACAUGCGCAUGGUACUGCAAGUGCUGGGCCAGCCUACUUCACAGGUGCUGCUCCUGCGCGAGCUGGUGGACACAAUGGCUGGAGUGGAGCGCGCCAAGCUCCCGCCGGCGUUUGAGGCGCUGCUGGCCAACUUCACCACCGAGCAAAAUGGCAGGCUGUAUCUGGAUAACCCGCUAUUUGCUCAGGUGCUGCAGACCAACGGUGUUGCCCUAAUCACGUACCACUCCCAACUCAACCUGAGCCCCAUGGUGUCCAAGGACGUGCUGGAAGUCGCCUGGGAGCAGCUAAAGGCCCAGGCCGCGAGCUGGGAUCCGCCACUGCCAAGCGACCUGCUCUGGCAGUCACCACAGCAGAUCGCCAUGCUUGCGUACUUGUGCCAGGAGUGGAGGGGGCGGUUAGGGACGGCUAUCACAGCUGCGGAGCUGGUCAAGCAAACCCUGAGAGGAAAGCUCAUUCCCGAGGUGCUGGCGGACAUGCGCAUGGUACUGCAAGUGCUGGGCCAGCCUACUUCACAGGUGCUGCUCCUGCGCGAGCUGGUGGACACAAUGGCUGGAGUGGAGCGCGCCAAGCUCCCGCCGGCGUUUGAGGCGCUGCUGGCCAACUUCACCACCGAGCAAAAUGGCAGGCUGUAUCUGGAUAACCCGCUAUUUGCUCAGGUGCUGCAGGCGGCAACCACGGAGUCUGGAGAGCUGUUGGACUCAAUCACCGCCAUCCCGUCGCUCAGCUCCACGAUGUUCAGGGAGCUGGUUGUGCUCGGCGAGCGCUGCACGGACAAGGACUUCGACAGCUAUGAGGACCUGCACAGCCUCCUGGAAGCCAUGGCAUCUGUGCUGGCGCUUACACCGGACGGGCUGCUGAAGGCGGACUGGUUCAUCCAGGUCCGGGACCACCGCUGCAACAGCCGCGGCAGCAAGACCAAUUUUGAGCGGGACAACAGGGCUCAGACUGACGUCAAGGUUGGGCUUCGCUGGUUCCACAGGUUGCUGCGCAACAUCCCCUGUCACGCCCCCAUCCUGGAUCAUCAGAAGUUCCUGGAUGCCUACCCGCCAGAGAUGGCUGCAUUUCAUAGCAGUGGUCGCAUCAGCAAGGUGCUGACC